AUGGCUGACCGUGGCUGCCCGCUGGAGGCGGUGCCUCUGCCCACCGAGGUGCGGGAGAGCCUGGCCGAACUGGAGUUGGAGCUGUCGGAAGGUGACAUCACUCAAAAAGGAUAUGAAAAGAAAAGGGCAAAGCUGCUAGCUCGUUAUAUACCACUUAUUCAAGGAGUAGACCUGUCCCUGCAAGCAGAGAGCAGAACCACAGGGCCCUCGCAGACAGCGGCUGCCGCUCCCAAACAGUCCAAGUCACGCCCCACCAACUCCAGAGACGAGCGCUUCCGCUCAGAUGUCCACACAGAAGCUGUACAGGCAGCGCUGGCCAAGUACAAGGAAAGGAAGAUGCCCAUGCCCUCAAAGCGGCGCUCCGCACUAGUGCACUCGUCUGUUGACACUUACACGCCUCCAGACACCUCGUCCGCCUCAGAAGAUGAGGGCUCUUUGCGGCGACCUGGGCGACUCACCUCCACUCCGCUCCAGAGCCAUCCCAGCGUCGAGCCCUGGCUCGACCGGGUCAUUCAGGGCUCGUCCACCUCAUCCUCUGCAUCCUCCACCUCAUCUCACCCGGGAGGGAGACCUGCCACCGUUCCCAGCGCCGUUGCCGCACUCACCAGCCUUACGGCCCACGCCCACAUAGGUGUCCCUGUGAACAGCAGAGUGUCCUCCAAAAUCCAGCAGCUUCUAAAUACCCUGAAAAGGCCAAAGCGCCCUCCACUGAAGGAAUUCUUUGUGGAUGAUUUUGAGGAGUUGUUGGAAGUUCAGCAACCAGAUCCAAAUCAGCCAAAACCUGAGGGCAGUCAGAUGGUCAUGCUGAAAGGAGAACCACUGACUAUGGCAACACCUUGGCCUCCAUCACUGCUGGCUGCCUUGCAGCAGUGGGGCACAACCCAGCCCAAAGCGCCCUGCCUGACUGCCUUGGAUACAACUGGGAAGGCCAUAUAUACCCUCACCUAUGGCAAACUGUGGAGUCGGAGUUUAAAACUAGCUUAUACUCUACUUAAUAAACUGACUAGUAAGAAUGAACCACUUCUUAAGCCUGGAGACAGAGUGGCGCUCGUGUUUCCGAACAGUGAUCCUGUGAUGUUCAUGGUUGCGUUUUAUGGAUGUCUCCUGGCAGAGCUGAUUCCUGUCCCCAUAGAAGUACCAUUAACAAGGAAGGAUGCCGGCAGCCAGCAGGUGGGGUUUCUGCUGGGCAGCUGUGGGGUUGCCCUGGCCCUGACCACAGAUGCUUGUCAGAAAGGCCUCCCCAAAGCACAGACUGGAGAGGUGGUGACCUUCAAAGGUUGGCCUCCCCUCGCCUGGCUGGUGAUUGAUGGGAAACAUCUGGCAAAGCCCCCUAAGGACUGGCACCCGUCAGCUCAGGAUGCAGGGGACGGGACUGCCUACAUUGAGUAUAAAACCAGCAAAGAAGGCAGUACGGUGGGAAUCACGGUGUCUCAUGCAUCCCUGUUAGCCCAAUGUCGUGCUUUGACCCAGACAUGCGGUUAUUCUGAAGCUGAAACACUAACAAAUGUGCUGGAUUUUAAAAGGGAUGCUGGUCUGUGGCAUGGAGUAUUAACGAGCGUCAUGAACAGGAUGCACGUCAUCAGUAUCCCUUAUGCUCUGAUGAAAGUCAACCCACUCUCCUGGAUUCAGAAAGUGUGUGCAUAUAAAGCCCGUGCAGCCCUGGUGAAGUCCCGUGACAUGCACUGGUCUCUCCUAGCCCAACGAGGUCAAAGGGACAUCAGCCUCAGCUCACUGCGGAUGCUGAUUGUGGCCGAUGGUGCUAACCCAUGGUCCAUCUCCUCCUGUGACGCCUUCCUCAAUGUUUUCCAGUCCAGAGGUUUGAGGCCAGAGGUCAUCUGCCCCUGUGCCAGUUCCCCUGAGGCGCUCACGGUGGCUGUUCGAAGGCCACCUGAUAUGGGGGGGCCUCCUCCAAGAAAAGCUGUUUUGUCAAUGAGCGGUCUCAGCUAUGGUGUGAUCCGAGUCGACACUGAGGAGAAGCUGGCAGUGCUGACUGUGCAGGACGUUGGCCAGGUGAUGCCGGGAGCUAAUGUAUGUGUGGUGAAGGUUGAAGGUACCCCUUAUCUCUGUAAAACGGAUGAAGUUGGGGAAAUCUGUGUCAACUCCAGCGCCACAGGCACAGCAUACUAUGGACUACUUGGGAUCACAAAGAAUGUUUUUGAGACUGUCCCCCUCACCGCAGGAGGUUCUCCCGUCUCCAACAGGCCAUUCACCAGGACUGGGCUGCUGGGCUUCAUUGGACCGGACAACCUGGUGUUCGUCGUGGGCAAGCUGGAUGGGCUGAUGGCAGUUGGCGUGCGUAGACACAGCGCAGACGAUGUGGUGGCCACUGCACUGGCCGUGGAGCCCAUGAAGUUUGUCUACAGAGGCAGGAUAGCCGUCUUCUCCGUGACGGUGUUGCACGAUGAUCGCAUUGUUCUUGUGGCGGAGCAGCGGCCUGACGCCUCAGAGGAGGACAGCUUCCAGUGGAUGAGCCGUGUGUUGCAGGCCAUCGACAGCAUCCACCAGGUGGGCGUGUACUGCCUAGCUCUGGUUCCUGCGAACACCUUGCCCAAGGCUCCCCUCGGUGGAAUUCACAUUUCUGAAACCAAACAGCGCUUCCUGGAGGGGACUCUGCACCCAUGUAAUGUGCUAAUGUGUCCCCACACCUGUGUUACCAACCUUCCCAAACCUCGUCAGAAGCAACCAGAAGUUGGUCCAGCCUCCAUGAUUGUUGGGAAUCUGGUUGCUGGGAAGAGGCUCGCCCAGGCCUCUGGGAGGGAGCUCUCCCAUCUAGAAGACAGUGACCAGGCAAGGAAGUUUCUGUUCCUGGCUGAUGUGCUGCAGUGGCGCGCCCAUACCACACCUGACCACCCACUCUUCCUGCUGUUGAAUGCCAAGGGCACUGUGACUAGCACGGCAACCUGUGUGCAGCUGCAUAAGAAAGCUGAACGUGUGGCUGCUGCCUUGAUGGAAAGGGGAAGACUGAACAUUGGAGACCAUGUAGCACUGGUGUAUCCUCCAGGAGUGGACCUCAUCGCUACCUUCUACGGCUGCCUGUACUGCGGCUGUGUGCCCGUUACCGUGCGACCCCCACACCCCCAGAACCUGGCUACCACACUGCCUACCGUCAAGAUGAUUGUGGAGGUCAGCAAGUCUGCAUGUGUCCUCACAACCCAGGCCAUCAUGCGGCUGCUCAAGUCCAAGGAGGCUGCUGCCGCUGUGGACGUUAAGACCUGGCCAACCAUUUUAGACACAGAUGACAUACCGAAAAAGAAGGUUGCCAGCAUCUUCAGGCCCCCAUCCCCAGACGUGCUUGCCUACUUGGACUUCAGUGUGUCUACCACAGGAAUCUUAGCAGGUGUGAAGAUGUCACAUGCAGCCACCAGCGCCUUAUGCCGUUCCAUAAAGCUGCAGUGCGAGCUGUACCCCUCACGCCAGAUCGCCAUUUGCCUUGAUCCCUACUGUGGUCUGGGUUUUGCCCUGUGGUGCCUGUGCAGUGUCUACUCAGGACACCAGUCUGUCCUGGUGCCACCCUUGGAACUGGAAAGCAAUGUGUCACUGUGGCUGUCAGCUGUCAGCCAGUACAAGGCCCGGGUCACCUUCUGCUCCUACUCAGUAAUGGAGAUGUGCACCAAGGGCCUGGGAACACAAACUGGUGCACUCAGAAUGCGGGGUGUGAACCUGUCCUGUGUGCGUACCUGCAUGGUGGUGGCAGAGGAGCGGCCCCGUAUCACCUUGACACAGUCCUUCUCCAAGCUGUUCAAAGACCUGGGCCUGUCAGCGCGUGCUGUGAGCACCACCUUCGGGUGCAGAGUCAAUGUGGCCAUCUGCUUGCAGGGCACGGCUGGUCCAGACCCAACGACAGUCUACGUGGACAUGAGGGCACUGCGCCAUGAUAGGGUGCGUUUGGUAGAACGGGGCUCUCCACACAGCUUGCCAUUGAUGGAGUCUGGAAAGAUCCUCCCUGGGGUGAAGGUCAUUAUUGCGCACACCGAAACCAAAGGGCCCCUUGGAGAUUCACACCUGGGAGAGAUCUGGGUGAGCAGCCCCCACAAUGCCACUGGGUACUACACAGUCUAUGGGGAGGAGGCGCUGCAUGCUGAUCACUUCAGUGCCCGGCUGAGCUUUGGAGACACGCAGACCAUCUGGGCCAGGACUGGAUACCUCGGCUUCCUUCGGAGGACAGAGCUCACAGAUGCCAGUGGAGAGCGGCAUGAUGCACUGUAUGUUGUCGGAUCCCUGGAUGAGACCCUUGAGCUGAGAGGCAUGCGGUACCACCCCAUCGAUAUCGAGACCUCAGUGAUCCGGGCACAUAGGAGCAUUGCCGAGUGUGCUGUCUUCACAUGGACCAACCUGCUGGUGGUGGUGGUGGAGCUGGAGGGCCUGGAGCAGGAUGCGCUGGACCUGGUGGCUCUGGUGACCAACGUGGUGCUGGAAGAGCACUACCUGGUCGUCGGUGUGGUCGUUAUCGUGGACCCGGGAGUGAUCCCCAUCAACUCGCGGGGUGAGAAGCAGCGCAUGCACCUAAGGGACGGCUUCCUGGCCGACCAGCUGGACCCUAUCUAUGUUGCCUACAACAUGUGAACCAGCACAC